AUGGUCGAUGGAGCUGACAGUGGUCGGAAGUGGGUGGGUGGUGACGAUGGAGGUGAUCGAAGGUGGUGGUUAAUGGUGGCGGCAAUGGUUAGAGGUAGGGUGGUCAGUGAUGAGAGAUGGUGGUUGGAGGUGGUGGUCAGUUAUGAUGAUGGUUGUCGGAUGUGGAUGGUCGGUGGAGCUGGCAACGGUCGGGAGUGGGUGGAUGGUGAUGAUGGAGGUGAUCAGAGAUGGUGGUUAAUGGUGGCGGCAAUGGUCGGAGGUAGGGUGAUCAGUGAUGAGAGAUGGUGGUUGGAGAUGCGUGGUGGUGGGAGGUGGGUGGUUGGUGGUAGCGAUUGUCAUAGAUGA